CCCUCGCGCUUCGCCACUCGGGCCGCACGUCAGUCUCCGCGCCCGCAAGACACGCACGCGUGAUUAUACACGCGACACAUCGCGAAUAUUGCAUCUUUUCGAUAAUUUGGAUUGUCAAUAUUAAUUUUACUGUUUGGGAAUCAGUGAAUGUGAUAGAAAAGUGUGGUGUUUGUGUGGUAGUGAUGUGCGGAGCGGGGUGAGCGCCGGCAUGCGGCGCACGCUGGCGCUGGCGCUGGUGGCGGUGGCGGUGAGCGGCGCGUGCGCGGCGAUGACGAGCGGCGCGUGUCAGCCCGCGCCGGGAUGCGCGUGCGCCGACGGCGGCGCGAGGCUUGACUGUCGCGGUUCAAGACUUACCGCGCUACCACCUCUCAACAAGGAUAUCAUCUCCUUGGACGUGUCCAACAACAACAUCAGCGCUCUGCCGCGCGGCGCCCUGCAGCCUGCCGUCGGGCUUCGAGAUCUCAACCUGUCGAUGAACCGGCUGGAGUCUGUGUCGGGCGGCGCGUUGGCGGCGCCAGCGCUGGCGCGGCUGUGGCUCGACCGCUGCGCGCUGCGCCGGCUGCCCGCGCACGCGCUGUUGGACCUGCAUCGCCUGCACUACCUGUCGGCCGAGGACAACUACAUCUCGGAUAUGUCGCCAGAGGAGCUGGGCGGCGUGCGGCAGCUGCGGUCGCUGCGGCUGGCGCGCAACCUGCUGCGGCUCGUGCCGCCCGCGCUCGCGCGCCUGCACCAUCUGCAGACGCUCAACUUGGCCGGCAACCUGGUGUCGGAGCUGGGCGACUCCUCGCUGCCGCCGCUCACCGCGCUCCACACACUGGUAUUGAAGCGAAACCGAAUCACGUACAUAUCCGUCAGAGCGUUCGCAAACACGCCCAACCUACGAGUCCUGAGGCUAGAGGAGAACUUGUUAACUGAACUGCCGGCAGCACUACGUCUGCUGCCACUGCUUGAAGACUUGUCGGUGGCAAGCAACAGGAUCGAGGUGGUGGCGGAGGGCGUGGUGUCUGCGGCGCGGCGGCUGGCGCGCCUGGAGCUGCGCGCCAACCCGCUGUCCCGGCUGCACGCGCGCGCCCUGGAGCAUCUGCCCAAGUUGACCACUCUGGUGUUGUCGGAGACGCGCGGGCUGCGCGAGCUGCCGUCGCUGAACGGGUCGGAGCGGCUACGCUCGCUGCGCGCCGACCGCGCGCGCCUGCACAGUCUGCCGCCCGACCUCUGCCACCACGCGCCGCAGCUGCGCGCGCUAGACGUGAAGGGCAACCAACUGGAUCACGUGCCGGACCUGCAAGAUUGCGCGGAGCUUCGAGUGCUAGAGCUGUCGGACAACCAGAUCUGGUCGCUGGGCGGCGAGGCGCUGCGCGGACUGGGUCGGCUGCACGACCUGCACCUGGCCGGCAACCGCCUGCGCGCGCUGCCCGCCGACGCCUUCCGACACACGCCGCGCCUGCAAGUGCUAAAUCUAGAAGACAACGAAAUAGAGAAUAUCGAUAUGGGGGCGUUUGAGCCCAUCUCUAGCUUGGAAGAUUUAAACGUGGGCAACAAUCAGUUUCCGUGGCUACCGGCGAGCGGCCUGCAGAAGCUACUCCAUCUGAAGGCGCAUAACAACCCGCACCUGAGGCACUUCCACCCGCCAGAGCUGUUCCCCAGGAUACAGACGCUGGUGCUAUCGUACGCAUACCACUGCUGCGCAUUCCUGCCACUGAUGGAGGUGGGGGGUGGGCCACAGUCGGAAGACGAGCACCUGACGGACUUCGUGCUGGUGCCGCCGCAGCACGUUGACCUCGCCGCCUGGGCCAACCUUACCGACAUUUGGCCACACUACUUGAACGCGUCUGGAACUGCAGACGCGCGAGUGCGAGCUUUGAUAGCGAACAUGGGAGCCGGCGGCGGCGCACUGUGGGGGGGCACGAUGAGCGACGACCUGCAACGGCGGGCGGUGGAUCUGCGCGGAGACGCGCCGCGUCGAGUGCACUGCCUGCCCAUGCCUGGUCCGUUUCUACCGUGUGUUGAUCUAUUCGAUUGGUGGACAUUGCGGUGUGGUGUGUGGGCUGUAUUUUUACUGGCUCUACUCGGGAAUGGUACGGUGGUGUUCGUACUAGUGUUCAGUCGCAGUCGCAUCGAUGUGCCGCGCUUCCUCGUCACUAAUCUGGCAGCAGCUGACUUCUUCAUGGGAGUGUAUCUCGGCUUCCUGGCCGUGGUGGAUGCGGGCACACUGGGCGAGUUCCGCGCACAUGCCAUCGCUUGGCAGAUGUCGGGCGGAUGCCGGCUUGCCGGCUUCCUCGGUGUACUAUCUUCUGAACUUUCCGUAUAUACGUUAGCCGUCAUAACAUUGGAACGCAACUACGCCAUCACGCACGCCAUGCACCUCAACAAGCGCCUGUCUCUGCGGCAUGCAGCCGCUGUUAUGGCGGCCGGUUGGGCCUUCAGUCUGAUAGCGGCUGCUCUGCCAUUGUUCGGGGUAUCCGACUACCGGAAGUUUGCAGUGUGCCUGCCUUUCGAGACAUCCACGCCAGUUUCACUCGGCUACGUCGUGGCGUUAUUAAUUAUCAACGGUAUUGCUUUCCUUGUCUUACUCGGGUGCUAUCUUAAGAUGUAUUGUGCCAUCCGUGGCUCACAAGCCUGGAACUCCAAUGACUCCCGCAUCGCGAAACGCAUGGCCCUGCUUGUAUUCACGGAUUUCCUCUGCUGGUCGCCGAUCGCGUUUUUCGCACUCACCGCUGCUUUUGGGGCACAACUCGUGUCUCUGGAGGAGGCCAAAGUUUUUACCGUAUUUGUCUUACCUUUGAAUUCCUGCUGUAAUCCUUUUCUGUAUGCAAUUCUUACCAAACAAUUCAAGAAGGACUGUGCUCUCGUGUGCAAAGCUAUCGAAGAAUCUCGUGUGACGCGAGGCAUCGGUCGUUGUAGACACUCUUCUAACUUCAGCAAUCGCCAGACGCCCGCUAAUACUAACAGCCUUGCCGAACGCUCUUCACGCGGACACCAUGGCGCGACAUGUGCUUGCCGUCGUCUGCUGCCACCGGCUACCGGUUCUGAAGGUGGCGUCAGCGCCGGCACCGCAGCCCUGCCACCGCCGCGCCGCGCCAAGCACGAGAGGCUCAUGCGGUGGCUGCGAACCUGCGGUCGUCGAGCUGAUCCCGCUCCCGCGCCUGCCCCUCGUCUGCCUCCGGCGGUCCCUGCGCGAACUGGGUCCGUAUCGUCAUCCGUUGAAUUCUCGUCGUCACGAUCAGACUCGUGGCGUGCUUACGGGCGACCGCCACCUCCACCCCGCCGUGCUGCCUCGUGGCUUGUGGCUAGAAAGACGUCACAAGACUCAAACCUGUCGUCAUCCCGCAACGACUCGUCGGGAUCGAACGCAACUGCAUCGACGGGAACAUGGCGCACGUCCCGGUCAGGCGGCAGUGCAGCGGCGGCGGCGCGGCCUCGGCUGGCGCGGCAGGCGGCCGUCACGGCGGACGACCCACCUGGCUCCCCGGCUGCCAGCCGUCUGCCGGUCCCGGGGCCAGCCCCACCCGCACUUGCUCCGCGUCACUUGCAGACGAUACCGUCGGCGGCAGAGACAGAGCCGCAGCCGGACGAGCAGGACCGCUGCCCCGCAUGAAACAGAACCAUUGCUAUCUCUAAGACUGAUCCUCUCCCAGCCGCCGCAAGCUGGACGUCCGACUCGAGCCGGAUCCAAGGGAGUGUCUUACCAAGCCGUCCAUUAGAUUCCGUUGACCCGCAACUUGCGAGUUGAUAGUCCGAAAUUAAAUAGGAUCAAACCGCCCCCCCACCCCACCCGAUACGAUUAAGAAAGCUCUUGCUGUUGGUUGCCCCAACAGGGCCGAAUGCCGGUGCUCUCGGUGGCUCAAAUGACGCGGUCCUA